AUGGCACAGCAAUAUCAACUACCAUUCAAGCUCAAUGACCCAAGUCUGUUGCAAUUCGACUCGUUUGUCGGCAACAAGUGGGUGACUGCGAAAAGUGGAAAGCGAUUUGAAGUACUCGACCCCGGCACCGAUCAGGCAUGGGCAAGCUGCCCCAACAACAGCGCCGAAGAUGUCGACGCAGCGGUCCAGAAUUCCCACGCUGCCUUUGAGGAGUUUCGCAAAGUGAGCCCGCGCCAGCGCGCCAAGUGGCUACUCAAGUGGUAUGACUUGACCACCCAGGCACGGGACGAUCUGGCUCAAAUUGUCACCCAUGAGACCGGAAAGCCGCUGGCAGAAGCAUAUGGCGAGCUCGAUUACUCCCUCGGGUUCCUGUGGUGGUUUGCAGGCGAGGCGGAGCGUAUUCAGGGUACCGUGUCGGUCCCCGCGGCACCUAACCGCCGUCUGUUUACGAUUAAACAGCCGAUCGGUGUGGCCGCUGCGCUGGUGCCGUGGAACUUCCCCGUGGCUAUGGUGCUACGAAAGGUCGGUGCUGCGAUGGCAGCUGGAUGUACAAUGGUAGUGAAACCUAGUCCUGAGACCCCGAUUUCUGCGUUGGUGCUCGCGGAGCUGGCACAGCGCGCUGGUAUCCCGGCUGGUGUCUUCAACGUGUUGACUACGGAUCUGGAGAAUACCCCGCCGCUGAGCGAGGCUCUAUGCAAGCACCCGCUCGUCAAGAAGGUGACCUUCACUGGCUCGACUCGAGUGGGCAAGCUGGUCGCUGGACAUUGUGCCCAGGGCUUGAAGAAGGUCACUCUCGAGCUGGGUGGUAACUGCCCCUUCAUCGUUUUCGAUGAUGCCAAUCUUGACCAGGCCCUUGACCAGCUUAUGGCUCUUAAGUGGCGCCAUGCUGGUCAGGCUUGCAUUACGGCUAACCGCAUCUACGUGCAAGCUGGUAUCUACGAUCGCUUUGCCUCGUUGCUGAAGGAGCGUACGAGUGCUCUGAAGGUGGGCCACGGUGCUGCGGCUGAUACUACUAUGGGACCAUUGACUACGCCCCGUAGCAUCGACAAGGCCAUCAGCCAGGUUGAGGAUGCUCGCAAGCAUGGCGCGCAGGUCAUUCUGGGCGGUAAGCCGGUGACCUCGCAGAAGGGCUACUUCUUCGAGCCAACCAUCUUGUCCGGCAUGACGCAGGAUAUGCAAAUCUCACACGAGGAGUCAUUCGCACCCAUCGCCGCACUGUACCGCUUUGAGAGCGAGGAGGAGGCGGUCAAGUUGGCUAACGCGACUAGCAUGGGCCUGGCUAGCUAUGCAUUCACCAAGAACAUUGAUCGUAUGUGGCGUUUGCUAGAGAACUUGGAGGCUGGUAUGAUUGGAAUGAACACAGGAAACCAAUCUGCCGCCGAGUCACCCUUCGGUGGUAUCAAGGAGUCAGGUUAUGGUAAGGAGAGUGGAAAGGAUGUCGCCGUGAACGAGUAUCUGGUGACUAAAACGGGAACCUUGACUAUUGAGGGCCAAUAUUGA